AUCCCGGAAGCGGUGUCAGUACUGGGGAGCCGGCGGCGGGCGGCGGGCGGCGAGGACUUGUUGUUCUUCGCGGAGUCGGAAGGAGUAGUCCGAAGCGCGCGGGCGGAGACGGCGACUAAGGGGAGCGCGAGAGCAGAAGCGCGCGUGAAGAGUGCGUGUCCACAAGGAGCCGCCGCGCCCGGCCCCGCGCGCGAUCCGGCUACACUUCUCUGGUGGUUCCGUCCUGGUGACAGGGCCCGGGUUAUGACGACUAAUCUCAAGCCCAACAAGGCGUUGAAGGUCAAGAAGGAGGCGGGCGAGAACGGGCCUGUUCUUAGCGAUGAUGAGCUGGUGUCCAUGUCGGUGCGGGAGCUGAACCAGCACCUGCGGGGGCUCACCAAGGAGGAGGUGACUCGGCUGAAGCAGCGGCGCCGUACACUCAAGAACCGAGGCUACGCAGCUAGCUGCCGCAUCAAGCGUGUGACACAGAAAGAGGAGCUGGAGCGGCAGCGCGUAGAGCUGCAGCAGGAGGUAGAGAAGCUGGCCCGGGAGAACAGCAGCAUGCGCCUGGAGCUGGACGCCCUGCGGUCCAAGUAUGAGGCCCUGCAGACCUUCGCACGCACCGUGGCCCGCGGGCCCGUCACUCCCACCAAGGUGGCCACCACCAGUGUCAUCACCAUCGUCAAAUCCGCUGAGCUGUCCUCCACCUCUGUGCCCUUCUCAGCUGCCUCCUAGUGUCUGCUGGGGCCGGGCAGGGCACGGGCAGUGGCACAGCCCUCAUGCCUAUCCCAGGCUCCCUGGCACAGACUCCUCAUGUCUACUUGCCCACUGUGGACCCUGCAGAGCUGAGGGCAGGGACGGCAGGGACAGGCAGAUGCGGGAUAAAAGGGAAGCUCUCUUGAGCCAGUGCUGCAGGCAACCCCCACUCACAUCUCUCCUUCCCCUGGGGGUAUGUUUUUAAGAGCUGCCAGGAAGCACCCGGCCAGCCUGGUGGACAACUUUAGGCCCCUGUGGCAGAGCAUGAGGACUUGGUCUUCCAUGUCUCCGGUGCCUGCUCGUCAGCACCGUCGGUGCCGUUCCCUCUAAGGGCAUCCAGCUAGGUGGACACCAUACUGCCUGUUCCUUUCUGGGCUCUGGCCUUCUUGUUCUUAUCAAAGGGCGCUACAACCUGCUUUAGCUCUUAGAUAGAGAGCCAGGUCCACGUCCUGGGAACCACUUGCAGGAGGUAAUGUCUCUCUGUUCCUGUGUGUAUAUAGGCUACCAUCACAGCCUGUGAAGACUGGAAACUGCUGGCCAGGUGGCCACAUAGGAGAGAGCCUGUCCAGUAUGUGUGCCGAGGGUUACACGAGUGUCAUGGAGUGUCCCCGCAAGUCUGGUAGGCUGCCCCAUAGUGGCGCAAGGGCCACUUGUCCACAGAGCCAGCAAACAGCCAGGCUCGGGUUCACUGGGGCUUAGCAGAGGGGAAAGGCGGGAGAGAAACCGGUGAAGCCUGCGAGAUGCUAAGGGAUAUGUCGUCGGCAGUUGAGGUGUGUGCUGCUGCGAAAAGAACAGGAAUGCAAUAGACAGGGCUAGUGUGGAGUCCUGGCAGCCGAGGGCCAGGGGAUGUGGAAGAUGCCCGAUAGGCAUAGUAUGAAGGGACAGGGAUUGCAUCUGAAAGGCCUUGUGGACACACCCAUUGUGGGCAGGUCAGCAAGGACCCCAGGCAGAUGAUACAUUGCAAGUACUCUGCAACUUCGGUGCCCAAUUGUUACCUGCUUUUUCCUCCUUCAUAGAGUUCUGGGGCCACUGGACAUCUUGCGCUUUUUUACUGAAGGAAUCGUGUCCUCCAGGUCCUGGGGAAUAUGGUGGACAGGGAGUCGGGGGCAGGCUGGGCCACAGCCAGGCACUUAGAAAGCACUGUUGGAACCAUAGCCUUGGUAGGUAAUCCAUAUUGGAUAUCAAUAAGGACCAUGGAUAUUUAAAGAGAGAAGAUAUAUAUAUAUAUAAUUAUACACACAUUUUAUCGUACAGAUUUUUCAUAACAAUUUUCUUUCCCAGUUUGAUACUGUAGAUCUUUAUUAAUGCAGAGUAGGUUGGACAGUGGGCGACGAAGGCUCAGGGUGCCAACCUCCCUCAGUCUUUCUGUGGUGGCUCUGGGCAUCCUGGUAAAGCCUGCUCCAGCAGGUGUCACACUGGAUGAGUGGACUCCAGGGUGGGUUGCAGUGGCAGGCAGGUGACCACUGACUGGCUUCCUGGCCACAGUCACUCCUGACCUGUGGUGGACUUCCUGGGUGGAGGCUCUAUACUCUUGGCCUCCAGGGUAGACAGGGCUGUCAGUCCCACCUGGAGCACCCGUCCAGGGCACCUGCCUGGAGGGGGCUGGGAAGGGUGUGAGCACACCCCAUGGCUUUGUGUCACUGAAAUCUCAUUGUCACAAUUUAAUAUAUGGAUAUUUUUAUUUAAAGAUAAAAGUGGGUUUUCUGUCUCGUUCCUCUGACUUCUUAAAGCAAGCUUUAACUUUUCCAAAAGGUGACAGGGACACAUGCUGACCAUGCAGAGGCCUGGCACCCUCAGCCACCUGCCACUUGGCAGUUUCAUUUCAAUAUUUAUUUUUUUUUUUUGUGCUUUUUCCCCAUGUUAUAAAUUAUUAAGAAGAGAUCAAGAUCACAGACUUGUUGGCCCCCUGUCUACACCCUGCCUCAUGGCCACCACUUAAUUUAUUGCUGUACAUGUCGCCGUGACUGCUUUUGUAUCUUUGCAAUAAAGAAUUUCCUGUUUGA